CGUCGAUGCAAAGGAGAGCGAGACGAUUUACAAGGCUUCUGUACGAACCAGGGCGCAGGGUCUCCACUCGCCCCCUCUCUGUCGUUCUCGUGGGCGCUUUCGGACCGCUCUACAGCCGAUUAAGAUCUCGUUCUCUUUCUUCUCUGUUCUCGAUUACUUUACGGAACGAUCUAUAGCCGAUUAAGAUCUCGUUAACUUCUCUUGAUUCCUUCCCGCUCCGUGAUAGAGGGCCGACAUGGCGACGGCUUCAGUUGUGGGGCAAUGACUCAUGAUAAGAAGUCAUGCAUGGAGCGACCACGGAAGGUGGGAGCGAAGUGGACUAGCAUGCAUAUAGGGCCAGAUGAGAAAGUGGAGACAUUUGAACUUGAUUAUGAUGGAAAACGUGACCGUUGGAAUGGCUAUGAUCCAUCAACUUAUGCUCGUGUAAUUGAGCAAUAUGAAGCUAGGGAGGAAGCGAGGCGGAAAUAUCUGAAAGAACAGCAACUGAAAAAGUUGGAGGAGAAAAACAACAAUCAGAAUGGUGAAGGUGCAGUUAGUGAUGAGGAUGAUGAUGAAGAUGAGCUAAAGGUAGAUGAGGCAAAGGUUGAUGAGAGCAAGCAGAUGGACUUUGCAAAAGUGGAGAAGCGUGUACGCACCACAGGUGGUGGAAGCACUGGAACAGUGAGGAAUUUGCGUAUUAGGGAGGAUACUGCAAAAUACCUUUUGAAUCUAGAUGUCAAUUCUGCCCACUAUGAUCCAAAAACCCGUUCCAUGCGCGAGGAUCCUUCACCAGAUGCUGAUCCAAAUGAGAAGUUCUAUGGAGGUGAUAACCAAAACAGAGUUAGUGGUCAAGCACUCGAGUUCAAGCAGCUGAAUAUGCAUGCUUGGGAAGCUUUUGAGAAAGGGCAGGAUAUCCACCUGCAGGCUGCCCCCUCUCAAGCAGAAUUACUUUUUCAGAAUUAUAAGAUUAUUAAAGAGAAGUUGAAAUCAAAAACGAAGGAUACCAUUAUGGAGAAAUAUGGAAAUGCGGCAUCUGAAGAGGCACUUCCAAGGGAACUUCUUCUUGGGCAAAGUGAGAGAGAGAUUGAGUAUGAUCGUGCUGGUCGGAUAAUAAAGGGCCAGGAGACCUUACUGCCAAGAAGCAAGUACGAAGAAGAUGUAUUCAUAAAUAACCAUACUACUGUUUGGGGUUCAUGGUGGAAGGAUCACCAGUGGGGCUACAAAUGCUGCAAACAGACUAUUCGAAACAGCUACUGCACGGGGUCAGCUGGAAUUGAGGCUGCUGAAGCUGCUGCAGAACUGAUGAAAACAAACAUUGCUCGUAAGGAGGCCGCAGAAGAGAAACCCGUGCAGCAUGAGGAGAAGCGGCUUGCUCCUUGGGGAAGUGAUGUUCCUGAUGACCUGGUUCUUGAUAAAAAAUUGCUUGCAGAAGCUCUGAAGAAGGAGGAUGAAAGAAAGAAGGAAGAAAGGGAUGAAAGAAAGCGGAAAUAUAAUGUGAAAUGGAACGAUGAUGUCACUCCGGAAGAAAUGGAAGCCUACCGAAUGAAGAAGAUCCAUCAUGAUGAUCCAAUGAAAGAUUUCCUUCACUAAUUCCUGAUUGGUGUAUAUAACCACUGGAGUCAUGAAACUGGGGAGGCUGUUGGAUGAGCAACAAUUCUCCUGGAUGCCUUUCUGUUGGAGGGCUGGGUGUUCAGUUUGUAAAUUUUAGACUUCUGCAGAUGUGAUAAUUGUGGAGGUCCCUUUCGUUUUCUUCGGUACUGGUUGUCCUUCGGUACUGGUUGUCCUUGAGGAAACAACGCUAUAGUUGUUUGCUGCAUAGGCUUAUGAUUAUGAAAGAAGCAUUGGAACGAUGGUUCUAUGUUAACCCUUUAUUUAUAUGAUAGAUGAAUUAGAGGGAGGGAGGAUGGAUGGAGGAGAAAGGAUGGAUGAAUUUUUCAUUCAUUCUUUUUAAAAUUUAUUUAUCCUCUUGUAUAUUUGAUGAAACAUAAAAAGAUGGAUGAAAAUAAUUUUU